UUAUUGAUAGGCUCUUUUCCAUUUUGAUGAAGAUGCUCGUGGAUGUUGAGGACGAUCCUGCUUGGCACAGUGCACAAACUGAGGAUGAAGAUGCCGGGGAGACAAGUAAUUACAGUGUUGGGCAGGAGUGUUUGGAUAGGCUAGCAAUUGCCCUUGGAGGGAACACAAUUGUCCCAGUGGCUUCGGUGCAGUUGCAAGCUUAUUUGGGGGCACCAGAUUGGCAAAAGCAUCAUGCAGCUCUCAUUGCCCUUGCACAAAUUGCAGAGGGUUGUUCAAAGGUGAUGGUUAAGAAUUUGGAGCAAAUAGUGAGCAUGGUUUUGAAUUCCUUUAAAACUCCUCAUCCUCGCGUUAGAUGGGCUGCAAUUAAUGCAAUUGGUCAGCUAUCAACUGAUUUGGGCCCGGAUUUGCAAGUCCAGUACCAUCAGCAUGUGCUGCCGGCUCUAGCUUCAGCUAUGGAUGAUUUCCAAAAUCCAAGAGUACAGGCACAUGCUGCCUCAGCCGUGCUUAAUUUCAGUGAAAAUUGUACCCCAGAAAUUUUAACACCUUACUUAGGUGGAAUAGUGCACAAGUUGCUUCUACUUCUGCAGAACUCCAAACAAAUGGUGCAAGAGGGGGCCUUAACUGCUUUAGCUUCAGUUGCUGAUUCAUCUCAGGAGCAUUUCCAGAAAUACUAUGAUGUGGUUAUGCCGUACUUGAAAGCUAUCUUGAUAAAUGCUACCGACAAGUCCAACCGGAUGCUUCGUGCCAAAGCCAUGGAAUGUAUUAGCUUAGUUGGGAUGGCAGUUGGAAAGGAGAAAUUUAAGGAGGAUGCUAAGCAGGUCAUGGAAGUGCUUAUGUCAUUGCAAGGAUCUCAAAUGGAGACAGACGAUCCAACUACAAGUUAUAUGCUACAAGCGUGGGCCAGGCUAUGCAAGUGCUUGGGACAGGAUUUUCUUCCUUAUCUGAGUGUGGUCAUGCCUCCUUUGCUUCAGUCUGCUCAGCUGAAACCUGACGUGAUUAUAACAUCUGCCGACUCAGACAAUGAAAUUGAUGAAUCAGACGAUGAGAGUAUGGAGACCAUUACCCUUGGGGAUAAAAGAAUUGGGAUCAAGACUAGCGUCCUAGAGGAAAAAGCCACAGCUUGCAAUAUGCUAUGCUGCUAUGCUGAUGAGUUGAAAGAAGGUUUCUACCCAUGGAUUGAUCAGGUUGCCCCAACAUUGGUUCCACUUUUGAAAUUUUAUUUCCACGAGGAAGUCAGGAAAGCUGCUGUUUCAGCAAUGCCCGAGCUAUUGCGUUCUGCAAAAUUAGCUGUAGAGAAAGGGAUGGCUCAGGGCCGUAAUGAGACAUAUGUUAAGCAGUUGUCUGACUACAUAAUGCCUGCUUUAAUAGAAGCUUUGCACAAGGUGGCGUUUACCUGUAUUUAAAGAAGAAAUGGCAUCUGCAAAGCUUUA